CUUUCUUUUCGAUGUGCUACUCUGUCUCUUUCUCUAUGCUUGGGACGACCGAAAAAAGUUUGUGAUCCCGAAAGAUUCAUCAAAGAUGGCCGGAGUAGCGGGUAAAUUCGUUAAGUCUGGGCUACUUCGAGUCCAAAGCAAUGGUAUUAUCCAGCAAUCCCAUCUAUCUACCCUGCGUGAGCUCUCGGGCGGCAAAAAAGCGGGACUAGUGGUGGUGGGGUCACUGAUCGGAGGUGCUGCUGGGUUGGCAUACACCUUGGACCAAUCGGUAAAGGCUUCAGGACUGGAUUUACAUGCUCCUCAUUUUCCAUGGAGCCAUAAUGGGAUAUUUUCUUCCUUAGAUCAUGCUAGUAUUCGCCGCGGCUACGAAGUGUACAAGCAAGUUUGCUCUGCUUGCCAUAGUAUGAAAUAUUUGGCUUAUCGUAACUUGAUUGAUGUCAGUCAUACUGAAGAAGAAGCCAAAGAGGAAGCAGCUUCUAUUCAGGUUAUGGAUGGGCCAAAUGAAGAAGGCCUUAUGUUCCAGCGACCAGGCAAGCUUUCUGAUAGAUUUCCAAGUCCAUAUGCUAAUGAAGAAGCUGCAAGAAAUGCCAACAAUGGUGCACUUCCACCUGAUCUAACCUACAUCACUGCUGCUCGUCACGGAGGAGAAGACUAUUUGUUCUCCUUGUUGACUGGUUACACCGAUCCACCAGGUGGUAUUACGUUGCGCGAUGGCCUUUAUUACAAUCCGUAUUUCCCGGGUGGUGCCAUUGGCAUGGCCCAAGCCCUUUACAACGAGCUGAUCGAGUAUUCGGAUGGAACGCCAGCCACUGCCAGCCAAAUGGCUAAAGACGUGUCAACCUUCCUCAAGUGGUCAGCUGAGCCAGAGCACGACGAUCGCAAGAAGAUGGCUUUGAAGGCUCUUAUGCUAUUCUCUUUCUUAAUUUCAGUAGCAUACUACUGGAAACGUCACAAGUGGAGUGUUAUCAAAACCAGGAAAAUUGUUUACAAGCCUAAAUCCGAAUAGAAUGUUUCAACUACAUAAAAUACUUUUUAUCAAAUGGAGAAGGAAGAAUGGUGCAAUCUAAGUUCUUCCUGACACCAUCAACAAUCGUUGGUUUGAACACCCAAGAUCCUGUUGAAAUAGCGACUGUACAUUCGAGUCAUUACAACUUCGACUCAUCUGUAGGAAUAAUAAAAAUAAGGUUAUACAACCGUAAA